AUGGAGCCGUAUUCCUUGUUUCAAUUCAUGUUCAUAAUUAGUUUGGUCUGCUCACCUUCAUUGUUCCAUGUUUUAGUCACUUCAACCUCUAUUUCUAGCCGUCCUCCUCUGUGCCAUGGUGAUGAGAGGUCUUCCUUGUUGCAAUUCAAGAAGAGCUUAUUCAUUAUUGAUGAGGAGGCUUGUGUUCUCAAUGAUCCUUUCGCUUAUCCAAAGAUUGAAUCAUGGAAUGUCCGAGGAGAACAAACUAGUACAGAUUGUUGCUUAUGGGAUGGUGUUGAGUGUGAUGUCAUCACAGGUCACGUGAUUGGCAUUGAUCUCAGUAGUAGUUGUCUCUUUGGGUCAAUCAACUCCAGUAGUAGCCUCUUCCAUCUGGUUCAGCUUAGUAAGCUUAACCUUGCCUGGAAUCACUUUAAUUACUCUCAUAUCCCUUCUAGCUUUGGCUAUCUUUCUAAGCUGACUUCUCUUAAUCUUUCCGGCUCUUUCUUUUCUGGCCAAAUCCCAUCCAACAUUUCAGACUUAUCGGUGUUGUCUUCUCUUGAUUUGUCUAUGAAUGAUAAGUUAAAGCUUGAGAAUCCAGAUUUUAUAAGUCUGGUUCAAAACUUAACUAGCAUAGAAGUGCUCCAUCUCAAUUCGGUGGAUAUAUCAUCCACAGUCCCUGAUAUCUUGGCAAAUUCUUCUUUUUUGGCAUCACUUGAUUUGAAAGAUUGUGGGUUAUACGGCAAAUUCCCUACUAGGAUUCUCCAGCUACCUAAACUAGAUAAUCUUAGAUUGAGCAAUAACCCAAAUCUCGAAGGUCAUCUGCCUCAAUUUUACUUCAACAGUCCACUUAGAUUAUUGUCGCUUUCCAACACGAGUUUCUCAGGUGAAUUACCUGCAUCAAUUGGAAAUCUAAAUUCCUUGAUUCACUUGUAUCUUGGUGGUUGCAAAUUUACUGGGAGGUUUCCGUCUUCUCUUGGAAACCUUACAAAGCUUGAAGUUAUAAGCCUUUCACUAAACUCUUUUGAUGCUCAAAAUGCGUCUUCUUUGUUAUGGGUUGGUAAGAUGACCAAACUCACUAGUUUAGAUCUUAACGCUGCCAAUUUAUAUGGUGAGAUUCCAUCUUCACUUGCUAAUUUGACGCAGCUUUCUGUUUUGUACCUCGCUAUUAACCUAUUGACAGGUCCAAUUUUAUCUUUGCUUCAAAACCUAACCCAGUUAACUGUGUUGGAGCUUUCAUCCAAUAGAUUCCACGGUCAGAUUCCAAAGUCAAUCUUUCAACUUAAAAAUCUUGAAGAUCUUAACCUUCAUACAAAUGAAUUCAAUGGCAUCGUGGAGUUAGAUAUGUUUCUCAACUUAAAGAAAUUGCAAGCUUUUGAUCUAUCUUAUAACAAUAUAUCCUUGCUUGUUAAUUCUAGCUCAAAUGCCACUUUUCAAAAGUUUUCUUUCAUAGGAUUGGGUUUAUGCAACUUAAUGGAGUUUCCAUAUUUUCUACGCCACCAAGACAAGUUGGAGUUUCUGGACUUAUCCAAUAAUAAUAUUGGUGGCCAGAUACCCAAAUGGUUCUUCAACAUCAGUACAGAUACUUUGAUGUUUUUAAACCUUCAAAAUAACUUUUUAACAAGUUUUGAAGGAAACCAAGUUGUUUUCUUGUGGGAUAAACUAUGCGAGAUUCAUCUUGACAAUAACAUGCUGCAAGCAUCACUUCCACUUCCACCAUCAUCUAUUGAAGUUUAUAGUAUUGGUGGUAACAACUUCACUGGAGAAAUAUCACCAUCCUUUUGCAAUCUAACUUCACUACAUGUCUUUGUUGUGGAUGACAAUAACUUGAGUGGCAAGCUUCCUUCCUACUUUCAGGAUCAGACCAGGAAGAAUGAAGAGAGGAAGAGGCGGCAGACGCAGAAACUGAAUAUAUUAGCUAAGAUUGCAAAUGUAGGCGACAUUUGUGAAAAUCUUAGGAUUCGUGUGUCAGAUUCUGACAUGGGAAAAAGAGAAGGUAUAGGUUGGACUGGAAUGUAUUAUAAGAAGUUGGUGAUUCAAGGGUGA